AUGACCUCGAAUCGUAGGUCUCUCGUCAACAGACUCUUCGCCUUCGGCCUCUUUGUCCUGCUGGCGCUCGCCGUGGCACUGUUCAGUGUAGCUAUGCUGGAACACUGGUGGAACCAUGGCCGACCCACCGUCAAGGGCUUGUUCGGCACUGUCCGUGGGGAGAAGAUCACGGUCGGUGACCAUGUACACGAGUGGACCGUACACGCUUUCCUGGGCGUCCCGUUCGCCAAGGCGCCUCGAGGACCUCUGCGCUUCAAGCCUCCACAGCAACUGGACUCUCCACUGGCGAAGGGCAUCAGUGGCGGGACAUUGGGAAGUCUUGACAAGCGGCCGCCCUGCCCGCAGCAGGACUACUUCCUCGGUCAGCAGUUGGUCAACACGGCCAACGGUAGCGAAGACUGCCUGCACCUCAACAUCUGGGCGCCCGCUAGAAACUGCUCGCCCGAUGCGGAGCAUGGCUCGUGCCAAGGGAAGACCGUGCUCUUCUUUCUCUACGGGGCGUCCUUCCAAAAUGGCGGGAACAGCUUCGAGCUCUACGACGGCCGCUACCUGUCCGCCCUCGGUGACCUGGUGGUGGUCGUGCCGAACUACCGUGUCGGAACUAUGGGUUUCCUUAGCGGGCCGUCGCCCAACACGUUGUCAGGCAACGUGGGUCUGCACGACCAGCGUCUGGCCCUCUCGUGGACGCUGUCCAACAUCGAGUGCUUCGGCGGCAACGCGUCCCGCCUGGUGCUGGCCGGACACGACGCCGGAGCGACGUCCCUGGGUUAUCACCUGUUCGGCGAGGACUCCGGCUUCUGGACGCGCAAAGCGGCUCGGUUCAUCCUGCAGAGCGGGGGACCCUUCCACAGGUACGAGGGAGACGGUACCGAAGGCGCCAUUCGCCUGGCGACCAGCCUGCAGUGCCCCGCAGACUUGGUGACCGAGGCGUCGCUCCGAUUAAACGCGCUGUUGCGCGCACGCGCACAGACGCCGGGACCCCAGGGCAAGCAGUUCCUACUGGGCCGAGUGCAGAACGAAGGCGCCUACCCAUGGUUCGUGGAGCAGCAACGUACCGGCUCCAGCGAUCCCCAACAGCUCGCCGCGCGUCUGAUCGGCCACGACAACCUCGAUCGCUGGCAGAACGCCACGGGAGUCGUACUCGACCCGACCGCCGACGACGAGUCGUAUCAGGAGGCCGUGGGAGACGUCCUGGAGGCGUGUCCGAUGUCCCAACUGGCUGAACAGCUGCACGCGUCGAAGAACCGCGUGUACGCCUACGUGCUGGGCUACCGUCCCAUGUACUCCAGCUGGACGGACGAGACUGAAGCCGUCCACUUCGACGACAUGGAGCUGGUGUUCGGCGUGCCGCUCAGGCCGGGCUCGCCGUCCAGCCAGCUGGACAAGCAGUGGUCCCGGACUAUGAUACACGUGUGGUCCACAUUCGCGCGCACGGGGUGAGCUACAUGCAUACGUUGUCCUCUACCUCUGUUAA